AUGAACACGCGAAGUCUUAUUUUUACCCUGGGAUCAUGCUGCAUCGCGAGCCUCGCGUCGCCUACUCAGAUUGUACUGGGUACAUCACUGAUUGAACAGUCUGAACUUCAACAUUUACCCAGGAAGCUUCACGGUCGGUUUCUGCACAUCACAGAUAUCCACCCCGAUCCGUUUUAUGAGCCCGGUUCAUCACAAUCCUCUGCAUGCCAUCGACCUAAUCUCGAGGAGGAGCGUCCAGCAGGUUACUACGGAGCACCAUAUAGCUUUUGUGACUCGCCUUUCAGACUCACGAAUUUCACGCUUGACUUUUUAGACGAACAUUGGACCUCUGAAAUCGAUUUUGUAAUUUCACCUAGACACGACAAUGAUGACGAUUUGCCACGAUCACUCGACGAAAUUUAUGACUUGAAUCGUGCUGUAGCUAAGAAGAUGGAGCAUGUGUUCUUGAAGAAAGGCAUCCCAGUCGUGCCAAGUUUGGGAAAUAAUGACAUAUGGCGACCUAAUCAAAUACUCGACGAGUUCUCUUCGAUAUGGAGUGCAUUUAUACCCCCGACGUCAUCAGCAUCAUUUCAUCAAGGAGCAUACUUCUCGACGGAGAUCAUACCUGAUGCGGUAGCUGCUAUUAGUCUUAAUACCUUGUACUUUUAUAAGAAAAAUCACGCUGUAGCAGGGUGUGAUUAUGCCGACCCAAAGAACCCUGGAAAUAUGCACCUUGAUUGGCUUGAAGAACAACUGGAAGCAUUCCGAUCUCGACAGAUGCAGACCUACUUUCCCGAAUGCUACAAACGUUUCGUAGAAUUGAACCUGCGAUUCCAAGACACGAUCUUGGGUAAUUUGUAUGGGCACCUAAACGUCGACCACUUCUCUUUCUUGGACGCUGAUGAGAUCGACAUGUCUUUGGAGACCUCGUUAAAAAGCACAAUCUUUGAGACACUCAUCGCCGAUUUUUCGGAGAUUCCGGAACCCCUCGAAGACACUCACUACGACAACUAUGCAGUGGUGAACGUUAACUCUGCCGUUGUACCAAAUCCUUACAUUCCAUCCUUCCGAGUCUUUACGUAUAAUGUCACUGGACUCUCAGCACUCGCGAAGGAUGUCGGCUCUGAUCUACAUCUUCAAACGAUAAAGGCCACUCAGAGGCGACGCGCCUUGAACCAUGGCAAAGUUCGCGCAUCGAGGACGCCGAAGUGUGAACACAGGGCGUUCCGUAACACGUGGAGGUGCCAAUCUGACAAACCCUGGCAUUCCGAUAGCGAGUCACCAUCAAGACGCAACUCGUUGUGGUCGCCUCUAGGGUUCGCACAGUUUUAUAUGCCAAGACUGGAGGAAUUCGAUGAGACGCAUGAUCCAGAGUUCGAGCUCGAAUACAUGACCUUCCCUCUUUCAAACUUGCAUCCCGGCGAAGAAACACAGAAUAUCACGAAUCACCAAUAUGUUAUUCCUCUUCGGCUUCUCCCAGAAGAACUUCGCGAGCCUGGUGCUGUGGAGUCAGAGUACACGCCCUACGAGUUGGAUGACUUGACCAUCCCAUCGUGGUUGGAUCUUGCCACGAGGCUUACGAAGGACAGUGAUCUUCGAUCAAGGUUCAAGGACUUCAUGUACAUGGGCGGGGUGGAGGAAUGAUCAUUUGAGGUGUCGAUGUUGGUAACGGACAAGGACGUUGAGAUCCAGGCUAUGUAUUAUUGAUUGUGCUGGCUGCUGCCAGGCUGAAAUGUGUUAUAUAAUUGUCAUCUUUGUAUUAAAUUAUGUACGCCUACAUAGAGUACCUUAUGUAAAGCUGUAGACAUUCUUAAAACAGAAUAUCAUAUCAUGAUCCGAACUGCA